AUGGCCUCACUUCCGAAGAUUCUGUCCCAGGACUCUGAAGGCUACGACCAAGCUCGCCGCAAGUUCUUCAACGGCCGAGUCCCCGAUGUCCAUCCAACCGAAAUAGCUAUUCCAUCCACCACAGCCGAAGUCGUGACCGCCGUCAAGAGGGCUCGUGAAAAUGACUGGAAGAUUGGCGUUCGUUCGGGCGGCCACCUAUUCUUCUGCAAUGCGCUUCUGGAAGGCGGUCUUCUCAUCGACACGCGCAACUUGAACAAAGAUAUCGAAUACGAUCCUGCAACAAACAUCGCCUCCGUGAGUCCUGGCCAUAUGGUCGAGGAUGUGACAACCUUCCUCGAAGCCCGCGGCAGGUUCUUCCCCUCUGGCCAUUCGCGAUCCGUCGCUGUCGGUGGUUUUCUGCUUGCCGGUGGGCAGGGCUGCUUCAUGCGUGGCUGGGGCUAUACUGCUCCUACCUGGGUCACCCAACUGGAAGUCGUCACUUCGGAGGGCGAGACUGUUAUCGCCAAUAAGGCUCAGAAUUCUGACCUUUUCUGGGCGGCUCCUGGCAGUGGACAGGGUUUCUUUGGAGUUGUGACGAGGAUUUGGGUUAAGACGAUCCCAACAAGAAAGCUCUUUGACAAGACCGUCAUCGUCGAUUCGACCGACAUCUUCAAGCCCUUGCUUAAGUGGACGCUUGAAAUGUCCAGAAAGGUGCCCAAAUAUGGUGUUGAUCUCUUCUACUGCACAUUCUUCGCUGACAAGGAUGACCCGAAUGGAGGCCACGAAUCAGCGGCCAGGCGCGUCUUCUUUGCCAUCAACCUUACCAUUUUUGCCGAUUCCUUGGAUGAGGCUGCAGUCCUAACGAGUCCGUUAGAGACGUUCCCUGAGGACUUCAAGAAGUAUAUCGUUACGACGGUCCCGCUGGUGGAGAGAACGUGGGACGAGCUCUGGGGCCUUCAGGAAAGCUUCCAGCCACAGGGCAAUGGCGAGAGGUGGAACGUGGACAGUAUCCUAGUCGAUCCCAAAGCGUCGGAUGAUGAGCUUAUUGAGGCCAUCACGCCGGCUCUAUAUGACCUACCAUCUCGCCUCUCGUCGGGCACCUUGUGCCCUAUGGACUAUUACCCCGACGAGGCUGAUCAGGCUUUGAGUCUAGCUCAGAAGGCUUACGUGUCUACAAUGUGCUGCUGGAAGGACCCCAAGCAUGACGCCGCUGUGGACAAGUGGCUGCUCGAUGCAUAUACCAAGGCAGAUCAAGUGUCAUGCGGUGUGUAUGUAGCCGAUUUCAACGUGAAGCACAGGAAGCCAAAAGUUAUGACGGACUCUGCGCUGAAGAAAUGGCUUGAGAUCAGGAACAAGUGGGAUCCUUCUGAGACUUUCAUCGGCCAUCGGGGGUUCAGCGGUGUUUUAGAUGGCAAGGCCUAG